GUGAAUAUAUCGCUAUGCAAGUUGGCGUCUCACUGCCCACAUUCUGGUCGACCUCUAUGUAAGUACCUAUACCACCAUCCCUUUCUCUGCAUCGUCGGUAUGAGAGUGGAGUUUGUGUCACCCUCCACGCCACUUGAUUCUGUGCAACAUGACCAGUGUGCCAGUAGUACCUAGUAGCGUCUUUGUUAAAGACGCAGCACAUUUGUGCUGUGCUGAGCUGAAAGCACCAGAGCCUUUUAAAGCCCCCAACAUCCUUACCUUAGGAUCGUUCUAUCACUCUCUUUGACCUAUCUCUUAACUCGUUUCCUGCUCAUGAGAAAUCAAGCAACUCUGUUUUCAAGACACUGUACAUGCAUCACGACCAUGCCGGAUAUUUACGCAGACAAACUCACUCGAUCCGCGGCCGAGGGACGCAGGCUCAAUGGACAGUUUGACCUCCUGACUAGGAAUAUCGGCUACCUCAUUCACCCUCGCAUUGCCGCUGCCCUUCCUCCCAGUCCUCGCAUCGCAGACAUCGGCACAGGAACUGGCCACUUCCUACAGUGCGUACAGGAAUCGGGAGCAUUCCCCAAUGCUACACUGGAUGGAUAUGAUAUCUCUUCGUCCAUGUACCCGCAACCGCUCCCCAAGGAUAUCAACCUGAAAGUUCUAGAUAUGAAACAGCCAGUUCCAGAAGAGCUCCAUGGAGUCUACGACCUGGUGCAUGCCCGUGUACUUGUGGCGGCUAUACUACCGACUGAGUGGACAGCCCUUGUUCGCAACCUGACGAAGCUGCUGAAGCCUGGAGGGUGGCUGCAAUGGGGAGAGGGUAACUUCAUCUCAGCGACGUUUCUUCGGGGAGGAGCCUUGGAAUCCUCGCCGACUGAUACCCUCAUUGCGCUAGGCAAUAAGUGGAAAACAGAGAUGCGUGAACGCUUCGAGUGCGGCUGGAGUACUCUACCAGAGGAUAUGCGAGCAGCGGGACUGGAUUCGGUCGACAGCGACUGCGUGAGCUCUGACAGGCUGCCAGAAACGAGGAAGGAGGCAGUAGAGAAUGGCAUGACGGCUAUCUUCUCUUGGUUGCGCGCGUUGGCCUCGAAAGGUGUGGGAAUGACUAACGAGGAGCUGGACGUAGCCGAGAAACGAGCAAACGAGGAGAUUGAGGCGGGUGGCUAUGUCAGAUAUGAUGUCUACGUCGUCACAGGAAAGAAAGUCCUGUGAGAUGCAAUAUGUUCCAGAUAUAGGACGAGGCUUUGCUGAACUAGGAGGUAUCCCACCAUGAGUGUUAGUCGUAUAUACAGACAUUGCGUAGAGUUGUAUCAUCGUAGUCACUUUUAAUCCAUCAAUGCGUCUACCUCGAA